AUGAAGCAAACUGCGGUUCAUUGAAAAACUUAUGUUUGUAUAUUUUUUUAUCUUGAAGAUUCAAUCUUUUUGUAAUGAUUUUUCACAGCAAAUACAACCUUGGAGUGGUGUUGGUUCAUCUAUGAACUGUUUAGAACCUGUUAUACCAAUUCGAAGUGGUGAAUGUAAAAGAAAUCAUUCACUAAUGCCUUGGAGACCAAAUAUGGGUUACGAAAAUGUUCAACUAGUUCCAUUGUCAAAAAAAUGCGUGACAAAUUAUACUAUCGAACCUUCAUGUGGAGUUUCCACAGAGCCAUUGAAAUUUCCUAAUUUAGUAACAGGAUUCCAACGCAAUCCUGUUCAUGCGGCUCAAUCUGCUCUCCAUACUCGUUAUACACCAAACGAAUGGUUUCAGAAGCAAAUUAAAUAUUACAAUGAAGCCGAUGCGAAUACUUACUAUUCAGAAAGAAUACGAAAUGAUGCUGUAAAAAUUAUGCGAGCCGCAGAAGAAAGAAUACAAAAUGCUCAAUAUGAUACAAGUCGCAGAUUAGGCGAAAGGAUAACAGAUGUGACUUUUUGGCGAAAUGAAAUAUCUUCAGAAUUGGAAAAACUCCUCCUUGAAAUUGAACGUCUUCAAGACUGCAAAGCUGUUUUAGAAAAAGCAAUUCAAGAUAUCGAAGGGCCUUUACAUAUUGCUGAAGAGUGUCUGUACCAGAGAGAAGCUAGAAAAGGAACUGAACUUGUUCAUGAUGAUUCUGAGAAAUGUCUUCUUGGUGAAGUUUCGAAUCUUCGAAAUAAUCAAAAAAGACUUGAAGUUUGCCUUGAUAGAUGUAAAGACCAACUUCGAAACUGCCGAGCAUCACAAAACCAAUUACAAUUGGACAUGAAAAAUAAAGAAAGCGCACUGGGAAUUGAUACUCUUUGUCAUCAAUUAAAUAAUUAUACUCACGGCAUUCAAUAUUAUUCGGGAAUAGAAAAAUAUGAUCCUUGUAUUUCAGAACAAGAAACUUGGGCAGAUGCAGCAAACAGAAUAGUCCAAAAAUCUCAAAGUGAAAGAGCAAAAUCUGUUCAAUUACGUACUGAAGCAGAAUCCCUCGUAAAUCGAGUAGCAAGAGAGAUGUGGGAAUGUUGGACAAAUACUAAUAAUGCUUUGGCUCGACGAAGUUCAGAAAUGUUGGAAGCAAAAAGCCAACUGCAACAACAUUUACAUAAGGUUCAGCAAGAGAUUUUUGACGUGGAAAAAAAUAUAGAAUUAAUGAGGAAGGCAAUUGCUGACAAGAGUUACGCACUGAAAGUUGCUCACACCCGAUUAGAAGCAAGAAUGCAUCGACCAGAGCUAGAAUUAUGCCGAGAUUAUGCACAUGUUAGCCUUCAAAAAGAAAUAGACAACAUAAAUCGUGAAGUAGAUAAAAUGCAUAAAAUGUUAAAGGAAAUGGAAUGUCAACAUCAAAGAUUAUUAAGAACAAGAAAUUCUUUAGAGCACGAUUUAGCUCUGAAGGUUGAUGCAAUGUAUAUUGACAAAGAAAAAGUUUCUGGUCUUCGUCGUGCAUAUCCAGUAAAUGCUCUAUUUAGAUUUUAAUCACUGAUAACUU